UCAGCUAUGGGAGUAAGGCCUCUCACGGUGUGUUUGGCUGUUUGUGCUGCACUCUUGGCAGUAUGUCAAUGUUGCUCUACAGGAACAGAGUUCAUCACAACCUUUCUUCCUAAUUACCAGCGUACUUAUGGAAGAAAUCACAGACUCCAUGUGGUUCUGACUGCUCAGGACUCUGAAGCCAAUGUCCACAUACAGGUGGCUUCAGUGGAUUUCUCCAAGCGGCUGAAACUUGCUGCAGGUGAAAGCCAAUGGGUUUCUCUGCCAUGUGGAUCCGAGCUGCAGAACCAAUUCGUCACUUUAAUGUCAGCGGUUCGAAUCUCAUCCAGUGCUGCGAUCUCUGUGGUCUCUUUCAACCGUCGCUAUGCCACAGGAGAUGGCACGGUGGUUUUCCCAACAGAAGAGCUGGGUACUGACUACUUUGUGUUCACACCAAAGAGCAGGAGCAAAUAUGACAUGCUACUGGCUAUCGUUAACGGCAAUAGCCAUAACCAGAUCACCAUCGUACCCCAUGCUAAUGUGUUUCUAAAAGGCAAUCCCAACUGGCAUUAUGGGAAGGCUGUGCACAUUACCCUGGCACCCUACGCAUCCUACCUUGUACGAAGUCAUUCAACUUUGACCGGCAUGCGGAUUCAAUCCCAGGAGCCUGUAGCUGUGUUGGCAGGCCACCAGUGUCUGGCGUUGGGUCGUAAGUGUGAACAUGUGUAUGAACAGCUCCCCCAUGUGGCAAGCCUGGGUAAAGAUUACAUCGUACCCAGGACCAGCAGCUGUAGGGCCGCAGACUGGGCAGUGGUAGUCGCUGUUGAAGACAACACUGAUGUGACACUGCAGGGGGGCUUAUCCUUAAAAAAACAGAAGCUAAAGAAAGCUGGGGACGUCACCCGUCAGAGACUGCAUUCCAAACAGCCACUGGUUGUCAAGAGCGACAAGAAAGUAAUGGUGCUGCUUCUCAGCAGCAAUUACCCACAUGACCCUUUCCUAAUAACGAUGACUCCCACCUGUAAGCUUGCCACUGAUUGGGCGGUGGAAACAGUGGACGGACUUCGCAGUACUGUUGCUAUUGUGUCAGAGAGGGAGGGGGCCGGCAGUGUGAAGGUGUGUGUGAAGAAGGGACGCUGCAUUUCACCUAAGUGGAGAAGCAUGUCAGAUAAGCGCUGGGUGUGGUCCAACGUCCCUGUGGGGACACGGCAGGCUCAUGUGACGGUGGAAGGUGACGCCAGUAUGGCGGUCUAUGUAUACGGUGGACAAAAACGACAUGGAUAUGGCAUUGCUGGAGUUUGUCAUGAAGCUACCCCCCCUCCUACACCAGCCCCAGAUCCCUGUGAACAGGUGAAAUGUCGAGUAAAGGAACGUUGUGUGAACGGAGAAUGUGUCCAUGUUUCUACGGCAACCUGCCACGCGGUCGGUGACCCCCACUACUCUACGUUUGAUGGCCGACGCUAUAACUUCCAGGGUUCCUGCACUUACAUUAUGACAACAGUUACAAAGACGGCGUCUGACCUUGUGUCUUUCACUGUGACGACCAAGAACGACCACCGUGGUAACCGCAGAGUUUCAUUCGUGAGGACUGUAACUGUCAGCGUUUACAAGCAGACGAUUAUCAUCGGCAGAAACAAAGGACAAGUAGAGGUGAAUGGAGAACUUCAGUACUUGCCCGUCAGUUUGUUAGGCGGCAAGCUGUCUGUGACGAAGAGUGGAAUCUAUGCUUCCCUCACCACUGACUUUGGCCUGAGUGUAAAAUAUGACUGGAACAUGAGGCUGUACAUCACGGUGCCAUCUUCCUACUAUCAACACCUAGGAGGCCUCUGUGGAAACUACAACGGAGACCGGAGCGAUGACCUGCCUGACGCAAAAAGCUCCAGUCUCACUGUUGUGCUGAAGAUGAUCCAGAAGUGGAAGGUGAAGUCGUCUGAUUUGUUCUGUCACGAUAACUGUGCUGGACGCUGUCCAAUGUGUUCAAUAAAGCAGCAGGACCACUUCCGCCUACCCAAACUCUGUGGGAUUCUGACAAAGUCAGAUGGUCCAUUUUCAGCCUGCCACAAAAAGGUUGACCCCUCUAUGUACAUCGACAACUGUGUCUACGAUGUCUGCAUCAAUAAAGGUGCCAAACAGAUCCUCUGUGACAACCUGAAGAGUUAUGCUGAUGCCUGUCUGUUAGAAGACGUGAAGGUCGACCGUCAGUGGAGGAUGGUUACCAAAUGCCCCCUUCCUUGUCCAGCAGGUAGCCACUAUGAGGCGUGUGGUUCCCCCUGUCCGGCCUCCUGCAUGUUCCCAGACAGUGAAAAGCUGUGUAAAGGCCCCUGUGUGGAGGACUGCCAGUGUGAUGAAGGAUGGGUGCUUAGUGGAGACAGAUGUGUUCUUAAGUCCAGCUGUGGAUGUAACUAUAAGGGCAGAUAUUUACUAUCAGGCAUCACUUUCUGGGGUGAUAACACCUGCACCACCAAGGUUAAAUGCCUUAAAGGGGAAGCCCAGAUCAACAAAGUUUCCUGCAAGAAGAAUGAGCACUGUGCCCUGAAGGGGGGUGUCAGGAACUGCUACCCAACGUCCUACUCAACAUGCCAGGGCACUGGAGACCCCCACUACAGAGGCUUUGACAAUCAGCGGUUUGAUUUCCAGGGCACUUGUACCUAUAUCCUGUCUCAGUACACCAAGGGAUCAGACCAGGACCUGGAACCAUUCCAAGUGCUGGUCCAGAAUGAGAACAGAGGGCGUAACAGGGCUGUGUCCUACACCAAGUCCGUCUCUCUUAUUGUAUUUGGUGACACCACUGUCAGCAUGAGUCGUGCCAGUGUGGGGAAAAUACUGGUAAACAGUCGGCCAGUGAACCUGCCUUACUCCAUGGAUGAUGGAAAGCUCUCCGUGUUCCGCCGUGGCUACUUUGGCGUUGUGACAACGUAUUUCGGUUUGACGCUCAAGUUCAAUUGGAACAGCCACGUCAGCUUGACUUUGCCCAGUUCAUACUCUUCUGCUACAAGUGGCUUGUGUGGAAAUUACAAUGGAAAACGAGGUGAUGACUUACUGAAACCUGAUGGCAACCAGGCUACACACAUUAAUACCUUUGGACACAGCUGGAAGGCGGGAGGAGACGCUGGCUGCACUAGUGACUGUCCUAAUGGUAAAUGUCCUGAGUGUGAGCCUGCACUGCUGCAACGUUACCAACAGCGGAGCUACUGUGGCAUCAUGGCUGACAAGCAAGGACCGUUUAGACUGUGUCACAGUAAACUGGACCACACCUUCUUCCUCAAAGACUGUGUUUUUGAUCUGUGUAUGUACCGAGGCCACGCCUCUGCCCUCUGCAACAGCCUAUCAGCUUUCAGCACCUCCUGUCAAGAGGCGGGAACUAAAGUGGAGAGUUGGAGAACCAAACACUUCUGUCCUCCAGACUGUGGUGCUGACAGCCACUAUGAGGUGUGUGCCGCCCCCUGUCAGCCGACCUGCAGCGAUCUAGCCCCCCCCGCGGGCUGUGACGAGAGCGCGCCCUGUACAGAAGGCUGCGUGUGCGACGACGGAUUCAUGCUGAGUCAUGAUAAGUGCGUGCCUCUAGCAGAGUGUGGCUGUCAGUACGAAGGACAGUAUUAUCAAAAUGGACAGGUGUUCUAUCCAGGAAAGUCAUGUGACACUCGUUGUGAGUGUUCAGAAGGUGGACAACUAACCUGUGAACAACAUUUCCGUUGUUCAGCCAAUGAGAAGUGUGUUGUCGAAGCGGGUCUCGCCUCCUGUCGUCCCUCAAGUGUUGGUUCCUGUUCUGUGAGCGGAGUCAGAACAGUCAGGUCCUUUGAUGGACAGGCGUAUCCUUUGUGGGGAAACUGUUUGUUCCAGUUGGCAGAAGUGGAGGAGAAGGACGGAGGGAUGGAAGAGUUCUCUGUGUUUGUACAGCAGCAAACCAAUAAGGACGGUAUUGUCUCUCGCAGUGUGGAGCUCCAGGUUUAUGACACGGAAAUCACUCUGGAGACCGGGGUCAUUUGGGAAAUCAAGGUCGAUGACAUCAGAGUCUCCCUUCCCGUGUCACUGGCUGACGGAAAACUGCGAGCACAUCAAAACGGCAUCCACAUCAUCGUUGAAACCGCCUUCGACCUGAAGCUGACCUAUGACACUGUGGCAGGUGUGUUCUUACAAGUCCCAUCCACCUAUCGCAGCUCACCACACGGCCUCUGUGGCAACUAUAACGGUGAAGCGGCUGACGACCUGGGACCAGCGGACAUGAGCCUGGACGACAUCGUAGCGCUUUGGGUCGUAAAGAAGGACAAGGCUUCAUGUGAGACGGGCUGCGGUGCCACAUCCUGCCCUGGGCCCGAUAAACAGAAGGGCCCAGACGCUAAAAAGGCCUGUGACAUCAUCAAGGCCCAGCAGGGCCCGUUUGCAGGGUGCCACUCAACAGUGCCCCCAACUCCCCACUACGAUGCUUGUGUCAAGGAGAUGUCUACAGGCAAAGGGGGCGCGGACAUCCUGUGUCGUCACAUCCAGCAUUAUGUUACCACCUGUCAACUAGCUGGCGCCAAGAUAAGCAAAUGGAGGAGCGACAAAUUCUGCCCUGUGAGAUGUCCAGCAGGAAGUCACUAUGAGCUGUGUUCCUCUUCCUGCGACUCCACCUGCUUCUCUCUGCAGAGGUCAGAGUCCUGCCCGGUGUGCCAGGAGGGCUGCCAGUGUGACGACGGCCUCAUGUCUGACGGCGUGCGCUGUGUUCCUGUGGAGAAAUGUGGCUGCGAGGUGGAAGGACAGUAUUAUAGGUCGGCUACGUCAGUAUUACUGGAGGACUGUUCACAGCGCUGUGACUGCCAGUCUGGACAGUUCAGCUGCAAGGAAACGAGCUGCAAGGAGGACGAAGAGUGUCGCAACAGGGAUGGAAUAGUUGGCUGCUACUCCAAAGACCCGUGUGCUGAGGUUGAGUGCCGGGUAAAGGAGCACUGUGAGGUGUCAGAAGACCGAGGAGUGUGUGUUCCUGACUCCAAGGCCUUAUGCUGGGCUACCGGCGACCCACACUACAACACGUUUGACGAGUGGAACUUCUCAUUCCAGGGAACCUGCACCUAUGUCCUGGUCAACACCACAGGUCUUGACCCCUCGCUGCCAGAAGUAACUGUGACCACCAAGAAUGAGGUCCGUGGGAACUCUGAAGGAUCCUUUGUGCGUUCAGUCACUGUAGAGAUGUUAGGCCACCGUAUAUCCGUCCCAAGGACCGAAAGAGGCGUCAUAUUGGUGGACGGUAUUAAGACAGAGCUUCCUGUCCUUCUUGAAGGAGGCAGCAUCUCCAUAAUACAAUCUGGAAUAAGAGGCAUACUCCAGAGUGACAUUGGAGUCGAAGUCACUUUUGAUUGGUCCACACUUGUCAUGGUGUCCAUCAGCAGCAGUUACUAUGGUAACGUCGGUGGGCUCUGUGGCAACUACAACGGCAACAAGGAGGAUGAGCUGACGACGCCCGGAGGCAGCAAAGCUGUUAAUGUGACGGACUGGGCCGGGACGUGGAGCAUCGAUGACCACGACCCCUUCUGUUACCAUUACUGUGACGGCGUGUGUCCUCAGUGCUCGGACGAGGACCGCAUAAAGUACACUGGUCCAGAGUACUGUGGGAUUCUGAGCAACAAGAAGGGACCUUUCGCUGGCUGUCACGGUAGCGUGUCGAUAGUGGAGGCUGUCUCCGACUGUUUGUACGACGUCUGCAUCAACGAAGGACGGCGUGAAGUGCUGUGUGAGGCCCUGAGCAGCUACCUGGCAGAGUGUCAGGAAGCUGGAGCGUCGGUGUUGCCAUGGAGACAACUGGCCAACUGCCCCAUUCCCUGUCAGGCCCACAGCCAGUACAAGGUGUGUGGCUCGGCCUGUCCAGAAACCUGUGGUCUUCAACCAGAGGGGUGUCCUAAGAUCUGUGUGGAAGGCUGCUUCUGUGACCCAGGAUACGUGCUCAGUGGACAAGAGUGUGUUAUCAGGGAGAAGGGCUGCGGCUGUAACCACAACGGCCGCUACUACCGGCCAGGUGUGACGUUCUGGGCUGACUCGCAGUGUAAGGAGAAGUGUGCGUGUGUUGCAGCGACACAAAAGGUGAAAUGUGAGCGAACUGGGUGUCGAACCGGAGAGAAAUGCGGCGUCGUGGACGGAGUCCAAGACUGUUACCCAAUCAGCUUCGAGACCUGCACCGCGCGCGGCGAUCCGCACUUCCACACCUUCGACGGACGGAGGUUCGACUUCCAGGGCAACUGUGUGUACAGGCUGGCCAGUGCGUGUGGAGAUACUACAGGACUGAAGCUCUUUGAGGUCAGCCUGGAGAAUAACAACCGUGGCAACAAAAGAGUGUCAUAUGCUAAAGUGGUAUCUGUUAAAGUCUACGGCAACACAUACACACUGUCAGCAGACUACCCAGGCAGAGUACUGGUGGACGGGCUUGAGAACUCCCUACCAUUCUCCAGUUCAUCGUUGGUCCAGGUUUAUCGCAGACACAGACUGGCUGUCAUUGAGACAAACUUUCUUAAGGUCUCCUUUGACUUUGCGAGUGCAGUGAGGGUGGAGCUGGCGACCAGUUAUCACAACUCAGUCUGUGGUCUUUGUGGAAACUUAAACGGUGACCCUGCUGAUGACCUGAAGUUGCCCGACGGGAAGCUGGCGUCCAACGCCAAUGAGUUUGGAGUGAGCCAGUGGCUGGCGGACGCGGAGGGCUGCUCAAAGAAGUGUAAAGACUGUGCUCAGCCGCUCCCCCCCGACUUCAAACCGCCCGGCUACACGUCAGUCUGUGACAUCAUAACAGCGACGGAAGGACCGCUGGCUGACUGCAUAAGCCGAGUAGACUCCAAGCAGUACCACCAAGACUGCAUCUACGACAUGGUGCUUAAUGAAGGCAAACAGGAGUCAGCCUGUGACAUCAUCAGUGACUACGUGGAGGAGUGUCAGAGGGAAGAAGGCUGUGUGAAGCCGUGGAGGACGAGGCGCUUCUGCUGGAUGCAUUGUGCAGCCAACAGUAUGUACAGCGUCACCGCUCCUGGCUGUCCAAUCAGCUGCACCGCUCCAUCUCAAGCCGCUGAGUGUAAAACCGCGCCCAGCGAGGGCUGUGUGUGUAACCCUGGAUACCUGCUGAGUCAGGAUCGCUGUGUGCCCCUGGCUGAGUGCGGCUGCAGCUUCAAAGGUCAGUACGUCGUGUCUGGUCAGAUCUUCUACGCCGACGCCGACUGCCAGCGCCUCUGUUUGUGCAGCGGAGGGAUGGUGUCCUGUAAGAACAAACCCUGCGAAGGAAAGCAGAGCUGUGGCGUGCAGAAGGGAGUGAGGGGUUGCUACGCCGCCGUCGGACAUCAGCAAAAGCGCAAACACGGAUAGAACCGGGACGACUUCAUCUUCUCUUAAUUCAAUCUGUUUUUUAGGGAGAAUACAUCCAGUAAUGUUGUGUUUAUACUAGGGACGCACCGAUACACACACCUGGGCUUUGGAUAUCCGCAUACUAAUCUGAUACCAGCAUUAAUAAGAAUUCAUUAAUAUUAAUAAGCUGUAUGCCUCACUGUGUGGAAGUGACUCUUUAAUGUGUAAGACAACAUCAGGCUUGACUUAAACAUCGCUUUCCUAACUUUGUAAAACAAAAUGUGAGAAAUAAAU